AUGGUGGUCAAUCGAUUUCAGUUAGGGGAAUUUGGCAAAGGUUAUGGUAACCGGACGCUAAUGAUCCAUACUUAUUUAUCAUUACAGGUUAUAGCACAUGAUGUGGAUGUACAACGAAGCAAUCUUCUUAUUCACCAAACAAAGAGAAUGUGCACUUCUAACUUGGCUGUGACGACUCACGAAGCACAACAUUUCCCGAGUUGUCGCUGGAAAAAGAAUAAUACCACAAAUGGUUCUGAUUUGGGGGGUAUGAGUAUGACUGAACUUUUAUUUGAUCGUGUGCUCUGUGAUGUUCCAUGCAGUGGAGAUGGUACUCUCCGUAAGGCCCCUGGAUAUCUGAUUGCCUUGUAUUUCUUUGUGAAAUGCAUGAGUGUGGGGAUGGCCAAUGGUGUCCAUUGUCUGCAACUUCAGAUAGCCAUGCGAGGAAUGUUUAGAUAAGAACAUGUGGUUUAAAGGUGGUUUUAAAGAGCUGACAGGGGUUUACUGUCAAAUUAAGUGUUCAUAAGAUUGUUAGUAAAGAAAAAGGGUUUUUUUUUUUUUUUUUUUCUGAGAAAUUACUAGCAGGGUACUUUUCAUAGGUAACUCUUCUUUCUUUUACCAUCAUUUUAGUUUCAUGUACAUGUGAUCCUUCAAUUUGGAACAUUUUAUGUACAAAUCUACCUUUUUGCAUGACUUUUUCCUAGACUUCUUAAUAUUUUGUCAUUAAAUUAUGUGUUUUUUUAUGCACAUUAGGCGUUUGAUUAGAUGCUUGGACCAAUACACAAACUUCUAAUGCAACCAGUUGGCCAAGAAGAACGAAGAAUUGUUGCCGCUUUAAUGAGUAGACAUAUUGGUGGAGGUACUCAGCUAUAGCAUACAUUAAUUUCCCAAUACAAAGCCCGAAGUUGCUUUG